AAAAUCUGCGGAGUGUGCGGAGAUAAAGCGCUCGGUUUCAAUUUUGAUGCGAUCUCCUGCGAGUCAUGUAAGGCAUUCUUCAGGCGGAAUGCUCCCAAAGGAUUGGGCUAUUUCAAAUGCCCGUACGACGAAAAAUGCAAAAUGGAUCUAUCAAACAGAAGAUUCUGCAAAAGGUGCAGGCUGAAGAAAUGUUUCGAGAUCGGUAUGAGAAAGGAGUACAUACUCUCUGAGGAAGAAAAGGCCCAGAAGCGGCAGAAGAUC